AUGAUUUCCAGGACUGAGAUUUUCCUUUUUGAGUACCAGAUGAUGAAGACUCCUUGCCACAUCAAAAGAAUUUACAAUCCCACAUAUAGAAAAGAAGGAGACCUAAUCAUUGCCGGUUUCUUCUCGCUUUUUGUGAAGAUACAGAUUUAUAUGGGAAAAAAUUCCUUCAACGAGUCUCCCUUCUGGACUUUUGCAGAACCAAAAUUAAUGUUCAGACAAUAUCACCAUUUUCUUGCUCUCCAAUAUGCUGUUGAUGAGAUCAAUAAGAACCCUUAUUUGCUGCCCAAUAUAACCUUGGGAUACCAGUUACUCAAUAACUUCCAUCUGGAGAAACUAGCUGUGGAGAGUGCCUUAAUAUGGCUUUCAGGGAGAAAUCCAGUUAUCCCCAACUAUAGCUGUGAUAGGCAGUCCAAUACUGUGGCUGUCAUUGGAGGGAUGUCUACUAUGCUGUCCGUGGCCAUGGCCACCAUUCUCGAACUGUAUAAAGUUCCACAGAUUACCUAUGGCCUAUUUGAUCCUCUCCUGAAUGAUAAGGUUCAGUAUCCAUAUGUCUAUCAGCUGGGAAGCAAGGAAUCUACUCUUCACCUGGCAUUCAUCCAAUUGAUGCUGCAUUUUGACUGGACUUGGGUGGGACUGCUCCUUUCGGCUAACACAAGAGGGGAAACGUUCUUCAAUGAUCUGAAAGAAGAGAUGGCCAGGAAUGGGCUGUGUGUAGCUAUGAAGGAAACAAUCUUUCUUUCAAUAUUUUUCCCUUUCUCUCUGGAAAUACAGACUCCAACUUCCAUGUGCAGUGUGAAAUGUGGUCCUGGAUUCAAGAAAACAUCUCUUGAAAACCAACCCAUCUGCUGCUUUUCUUGCACCCCAUGUCCUGAAGAGAAGAUUUCCAACCAGACUGAUGCAGAGGAGUGCCUGCAGUGCCCUGAAGAUCAAUAUCCUAAUAAGGAGAGAGAUCACUGCCUCCCCAGGACUGUGACCUUCCUGGCCUAUGAGGAACCUCUGGGAAUGACUCUGGCCUGUGCAGCCAUCUGCUUCUCCCUCCUCACUGUGCUGGUCCUGGGAGUCUUUGUGAAGCACAGAGACACCCCCAUAGUCAAAGCCAAUAACCGCAGUCUCAGCUACACUCUGCUGGUCUCCCUCAGCCUCUGCUUCCUCUGCUCCUUGCUCUUCAUCGGCCAUCCCACCACAGCCACCUGCCUGCUGCGACAAACCACAUUUGCAGUUGUCUUCACAGUGGCUGUUUCCUCUAUUUUGGCUAAAACCAUCACUGUGGUUCUGGCCUUCAAGGCCACCAGACCAGGGAGCAGGCUCCGCAGGUGGCUGGGAUCCACAGCAUCUUACUCUCUCAUUUUCACCUGCACCCUCAUCCAAAUGUGUCUCUGUGGCAUCUGGCUUGGGACAUCCCCCCCCUUCCUGGAGAUGGACAUCCACUCUGAGCCUGGCUCCAUUAUCAUCCAGUGCAAUGAGGGCACUCUUCUCAUUUUCUACUGUGUCCUGGGCUACAUGGCCUUGCUGGCCUUGGCAAGCUUCACCGUGGCUUUCCUGGCCAGGAACCUGCCGGACACUUUCAAUGAAGCCAAGUUCCUGACCUUCAGCAUGCUUGUGUUCUGCAGUGUCUGGAUCUCCUUCCUGUCCUCGUACCAGAACUCCAAGGGCAAGGCUAUUGUGGCCUUGGAAGUCUUUGCCAUCUUGACCUCCAGUGCCGGGAUUCUCACUUGCAUCUUUGCUCCCAAGUGCUUUGUGAUCCUUCUAAGAUCAGAACAAAAUACUCAGGGGAUACUUAAAAAGAAAGCUACUCCCUGA